GUGCUCAAGGAAAGGAAAUAUUCAACAGAUCACGCCUCCCAGUAGAAAUGUUAGCCCACGUAUGGGCCUUGGCCGAUGGCGAUAAAAGUGGCAACCUGACCUUGUCCGAAUUCAUCAUCGCAAUGUAUCUCAUCAAGUAUCUCAUGGACAAGAAACCCAAACAACUCCCAGCAUUCGUACCUCCCUGGCUUCUAGCAGAGGCCAGCAAAGGAGGUUCCAACACGGCUCCGACAUUGAGCAAUGGCAUGACGACCUUAUAUCCGGCACCAGCGGGACCACCGCCUAACCACAACCGUAGCCAAUCGCAACCUCCACAACCGUCUCUCCUCGACGCAGAUGACGCCACGAUUGAUGCCAUCGCCAGACCUGCAACAACCUCACCAAGACCUGGUGCACCAAAUCUGGGGUCAAUCCAUGGCAGAUCUAGAUCAGAUUAUCUGAAUCGACCCACCCCUCCACCCCCGCUACCUCAUCGAGUUAGCGACGAUGCCCCUCCCCCAUAUGUAGAAUGGGAACCAUCACCCCGUGUUCAAGUUUAA